AUGUAUUGUUGGGACGCGCUGACUGCAAGAGCUUACUCUUGCUGCUCUUCUUCCCUUCCCCCCUCCGUCUCUCCCUCUCAUCCACUUCAUCUCACCCUCUCUCCCUCCUUCCCUCUCUUCCUCUCCAAACCCCUCUUCCUCGCGCCUGCCCGCCCCACUGGUCAGCUGCACCCAGCAGUGGAGGUGCUGUGCGAGCUGCUACCGGAGGGCAAGGUGGCGGCCAUAGCGGCACUCAAGGCGGCCCACGGCGUCACCUGCAUGGUGGGAGACGGCAUCAACGACGCACCCGCCCUUGCAGCCGCUGAUGUCAGCAUCGCCAUGGGUACCAUUGCGUCUGCGUCAGCCAUGGAGGCCGCUGACGUGGCGCUGAUGUCAGACGACCUGCGCCAGCUGGCGCGGACGUUUUUGCUAGGCCGGGCAGUGCGGUGGGUAGUGGUGCAGAACGUUGUGGCAUCGGUGGUGGUGAAGGCGGUGGUGCUGGGGCUGGCAGUGGCCGGCAGGGCGCACCUGUGGCUGGCUGUGCUGGCCGAUGUGGGCACGAGCCUGGCGGUGGUGGGGAACUCUCUCAGGCUGCUGAGGAAAGGCACUGUGGAUGGGACUUAG